UAGUGUAUUAACGCAACACUGUGUUGAUGGUGCUGUUGCCAGCGUGUGAAUUGCAUGGGGUGUAUCAUUAUACACAGAGUAUAGGACAGAUAGAUAACGGGAUGUGAGGUUCUGAUUCAUAGUGGUUGUUUUAUAAUGAAGUGUUUGCAUCCUCCCCACUGCUCUGCUCAAAAUCCUCUCGGCUACCAGCGGCGGAAGGGAGCGGUGAAAGAGAACACGAAAGCGAAAGUAUUGCCAGAUUCUACAAAACAUCAAAACCCGAGCCUGCAGUCAUGCGAACAAGGUUAUAUUCUGCGAUCCUUCGUCAUGCUGUAGUGCAGGCUUCAUAUAAUACUAUAUUGUGCAAAUACAUACAAUAUUCGGUGUUCGGAAGAAGACUUUAACGGCACAUUAUUGUCGGUUCGUGAUAGUUUAUCAAUCACAAGGGACGGAAUGAGAGGAACGGGGUGUUUGCUGAGAUCUGAAGGGAUCCUCCUUCUCCUUCUCCAGGUGUACUGUGCAUACGCAGACAAUUUUAAAGUGGAAGUUCCAGUUGAACCCAUGUCUGCCCAUGUGGGGAGCAGCGUCCUGCUUCCCUGCCGCAUCUCCACAGGUGUCAACGCCGUGAGGAUGGAGGUGAGGUGGGUGAAAAACGGAGAUGAAACCGUGCAUGUCUACGUAUCCGGAGCCGACCUGGAAGGCCGGCAGAGUCUAGGAUUCAAAGGCAGAACUCACCUCGAUAAAGAAGCACUGGGAGCCGGGAACGUGUCUCUGCAGCUGAACGACGUCAGAGUCUCGGACGAAGGAAGCUAUCAGUGUUACGUAGUUUCAGAGAGCUGGUUCACUGACUCCACCAUGAAGUUAAAGGUCUCGGCCGUGGGCAGCUCCCCGCGCUUCACUGUGGCUGGCCGGCUGGACAGUGACGUCACUCUGCAGUGUGACUCGGAGGGCUGGUUUCCUAAGCCGGAGCUGCAGUGGAGGAAUGUGAAGGGUGCUGAUUUAACAGGGAGGGCUGUUCUCACUGAGAAGCCAGGAGCAGACGGGCUCUUCACUCUCCAGAGCACUCUGCAGAUAUCGGAACAGGAGGCCGAUGAGAUCACCUGUCUUAUUAGACAUGGGGAGGAGAGGAGAGUCCUGGAGUCCCGAGUCCACAUCGGGGGUGUAUUCUUCUCCCUGGUCGCCCCCUCAUGGAAGGGCUUCUCAGUGUUUUUUAUAGUUUGUCUCGUACUCUUUGCCUUGUGCAUCUCUGUGGCCGUGUACUACUACAGGAAGAAAGAAGCCACCAAGGAAAUUCAGAGACAGAAUCUUGUAGCAGAGUGCGAUGACCUUCGUCAAGAAAUAAAAUCCAAAGGAUUUGUCCUCAAAUCAGAAUGGAAGCAGAUCCAAUCUGAAUCAGUGGCUGUGACUCUGGACCCUGAUACAGCACACUGUCGUCUCACUGUGUCUGAAGAUGGGAAACGUGUGAGAAAUGACUACAAUGACAAGAAUGUCCCCAACACUGAACAGAGAUUUGAUCAACAGCACUUUGUGCUGGGCAGGGAGGGGUUCACCUCAGGGAGACACUACUGGGAGGUGGAGGUGGGGAAGAGGGAUAACUGGAAACUGGGUGUGGCCAGCGAGUCUGCCAAGAGGAAAGGAGUUUUCGAUCUGAGUCCCAAGGAAGGUUACUGGAUGCUCCAGUUACUCCAUGGACAUGAUCUCAGUGCCUUGACCGACCCCGUGACCCCUCUCAAGGUGCUGCCCCCCCUGACGGUUGGGGUGCAUCUGGAUUAUGAAGAGGGCAAGCUCUCCUUUUACAGGGUGGAGGAUCGUUGUGUUAUUUACACCUUCCUGGGGAAAUUCUCUGGGAAACUCUUCCCUUUAUUUGAUCCAGGAAUUGAAGGGGAAGAACUUGUGAUCCUGAACAAAGAUCAAUCAGAUAAUUAUCUUUCACUCGAAAUGGGACCCGACAAAACUGGUAUGUUUCAUGUUCAGCAAAAUUGAGAAAAACUAACAUGGUCAGUUAUAUAUAACAAUACAAUAUGAUUAAAAUUUGUAUGGGAAAAAAGGUCAAGAUCUAAAUGAAGUUACUAUAGUGUUUUUUUUUUUUUAUCUCCUAUUAGAAUUCACCAACUUUUAUUUGAAAUAUUUAGACUCGUAUUUCCUCAAUCAGAUAUCCUGCUUGCAUAUUCAUAUUAGAUUUGCUGGUUUAAGAGUGGUCUUGGUUUGUAUAGAAAAGCCACAGGGAUGAAUGUUCGCUUUUCCAUGUAGUUGAUAUUUACACUGAAGCUGGAAUAUCACCUGGAUAUUAUUGCUGGCUGAGAUUAAUGUUCUGACUUGUGCUAUAUUGAUGCUAAUCUUCUUUUACAUUUUUUUCAUUGUAUUUUACUAACUUUUUGAUAAAAUUAAGAUUACAUAUUUAACAAUACACUGUAUUCUGUAUUAUAUAUGGCUGUGUUAUACAGUGUAUAACUAUAGCAGGUUGUGUUUUGUUUCUUGUUUCUGUUUCUACUGUUCUGUGUGUUUUAAAUACAGCAGCACCCUAAAUAAAGGAAUGCCAUUGUAACCAUGA